AACCUUAACUCUCCCAACAAAGGUCUCCUGUCCGAUUCCAUGACCGAUGUGCCCGUGGACAACCCCAGCGCCUCUGCCAUGGCUGCUCCGUCAAGGACCUUACCCUACAACGGUCUCACCGAAGCCGAGGAAGAAGAACUCAGGGCUGAGCUGACCAAGGUGGAAGAUGAGAUUGGCACCUUGCGCCAGGUGCUGGCGGCCAAGGAGAGACACUGCGGAGAGCUGAAAAGGAAGCUGGGCUUGACCCCCUUGGAUGACCUGAAGCAAAACCUGUCCAAGAGUUGGCACGAUGUCCAGGUUUCUAACGCGACUCUGGGCAGCUCACAGUGCCAUAAAUAACAGAAUAAAACCAUGAGAGGAGUAAAACCCCAGACAUUGAAAGGGAAAACGUUAAAAGGAAUAUGAAAAGAGUUGAAAACGGGGUG